CAGCACAUUGGGUAAACAUUUUCAGAGAGGCCAAAGAGCUCUUCAUUUGCACACAGCAGCACUCCUCUGCCGCCUGAACACAACCAUCAUGAGUGAGAGACAUAUUCCUUUCACCCUGCUCCGCACCCCCAGCUGGGACCCAUUCCGUGACUGGCACCAGAGCAGCCGCAUCUUUGACCAAGCCUUCGGUAUGCCGGCUCUGCCCGAGGACUUCGCCACAUUCCCCAGCACCCACUGGCCGGGGUACCUGAGGCCCUCCAUCCUGGCCCCAGAAAUUGGAGCCAUGAUGCCCCACGCUCCCAUGAUGUACGCCAAUCCCAUGAUGGCCCAGCAAGCUCGGGUCCUGUCCCGCCAGAUGAGCAGUGGUAUGUCAGAGAUCAAGCAGACCCAAGACACCUGGAAAAUGUGUCUGGAUGUCAACCACUUCUCACCUGAGGAGCUGGUGGUGAAGACUAAGGAUGGUGUGGUGGAAAUCUCUGGCAAACAUGAGGAGAGGAAGGACGAGCAUGGCUUUGUUUCCAGAUGCUUCACCAGGAAAUACACCCUCCCCCCAUCAGCAGACAUUGAGAAGGUGACCUCCUCCCUGUCUCCUGAGGGGCUUCUGACCGUGGAGGCUCCUUUGAUCAGGCCUGCAAUUGAGUCUGCAGAGACUACGAUACCUGUCAACGUGGACAAAGGUGGUGUGGUUAAGAAGUAGGACGAAAAGCAGCGCAACGUGUCGCACACACACGCACACACUCACACACACACACACACACACACACACACACACACACACACACACACACACACACACACACACACACACACUCAAUGAAGCAUUUUAUUUCUGCUUUUAGAAAGGUGAAGAAGCAGCUUACUGCUCUCACUAAACCAGGCUUGCUGUCAUGCCCCGAGAGAGAGGGGGAUUGCCCUUGCUCUUCUCUCUCCCCUCUGUCUUUGGUAAUGAGCCAACCCCAGCUGAGUGCACUGUGUUAACACAUCUGCACCAGUGCCAUAUGCCAGCUCUUUGUGCUGUAAUUACACUCUUCAUCUGAAUAAGGGAAAUUUCAACUUAGCCCUGUUUAAAGAUUCUUUUUGCUGCCUUUCCCUCACUUAACACACAUGCUUCACAUGCUGCCUCCUCACAUAUGCUCAAGACAACAGCAAAGCAGACUGUAAUAGCAGAGAUCUUGAAAAUUAAGGAAUCAAUGUCCCAAGAUAGCAUUGUAGACCACCACUCUAAGUAGUGAACAGUGCCUGUUAGCGAUCACACUGUGGUCUCCCUGGACUGGAAAACAACUGAUUUCUGGUGCCUUUGGAGACUGUCUGUUCAGCCAUGCAAACAGAGAAUAAAGAACACAAAACAAA